UGAAGACAGUGGACACACGAACCCCCAUUAACCAGCAGCAAGGAAACCUCAGUGAUCAGAUCUUCGCCAUGGACGUGAAAGAAGUUCUCUUCAUGAGCAGAGGAGACGGAGAAGACAGCUAUGCUCAGACGUCAACCUACCCGCAAAAGAUUGCGUCCCUGGCCAAGCCCACGGUAGCGAGUGCGGUCGCUUCUCUACUCGAGGAAGGUUUCUUCCCAUGCGAGCUUCUGAGCGUGGCUGAUUUAGGCUGUGCUUUGGGUCCUAGCACGGUGACUUUCAUGUCGACCGUUCUAGAGAGUGUGCAGAAGAAGUGUGCGCACUUGAACUGCCCAUCGCCAGAACUUCAAUUUUAUCUUAAUGAUCUUCCCGGGAAUGAUUUCAACACGUUGUUCAAAAGCUUGUCGAACUUCUCGCAAAACUACAGAAGCUUAUCGUGCUUCAUAAUGGGGGCUCCCGGUACUUUCCAUGGAAGGCUCUUCCCUAGAAACUGCUUGCACCUCGCUCAUUCCUCCUAUAGUGUCCAUUGGCUAUCUCAGGUACCCAAUCUCACGAGCGAAGAAGGCUUCCCGUUGAAUAAGGGAAGAAUCUACAUCUCAGAGACCAGCCCCGGCGUGGUGAAGGAGGCCUACUUGGAUCAAUUCCGGGCAGAUUUCACGACAUUUUUGAAGUUCCGCAGCGAAGAGAUGGUCGACAACGGUCGCCUCUUGUUGGUACUUAACGGGAGGAAAGAUAAGGACUUUGCGGGCAUAAACAGCCACUACAUUAUGGAAAAACUCGGAGAAGCGAUUGCUGAUUUGGUUUCGGAGGGGUUCGUUGAGGAAGAGAAACUUGACACCUUAAAUAUGCCGCACUACACGGCAUCUUCAGAGGAAGUUCGAGGCAUAGUUGGCGAAGAAGGGUCCUUCGAGAUUGAACAUCUAAAGAUAAUCAAGGUCGAUGUCGGAGGAACCAUGCCGGACGAGGAUCCCCAUAGCAGAGGAAGGAAGAUGGCUAAAGAUGCCAGAUCGUUCACCGGUUCCAUAAUCUCGCACCAUCUCGGCGAGGAGAUCAUGGACAAGCUCUAUGGUGAAAAGCUUCCCAUCAUCCUAGGUGAUGAUUUGGCUAAAGGUAGAAGGAAAGGAGUUAGCAUAAUUGUUGUGCUCAAAAAGCUUGUCCCAUGACUCGAUCUAGUGUUCUUCUCCAAUACUAUAGACAAUGUCAAUUUGUGAGAAAGCUUUCCAAGUGUUAUUUGAAAGGAUUCCUUGUUUGUUA